AGUCUGGACUCAAAGAACACGCUAACUGGUACAUUUUUUAUCCCUUUAAAAUUGUUUAAGCUCUUUGGUGUGAACUGAAAUCCAGGAAAACCCUUGCGCCUCUAUCAAACUCUCAAAAUCUGUUAGAUGUGGGGAAAAGCCCACGGUGUGCGCAUGAAAAUCUAUUUCUUAUUUACAUGAAAUUACCAACAAGUAUGUGAUAUAAAGGUGUCUAAAUGUGCAAAAUGUAAAUAUGAACUCACCAGGUCCCAGGAGCGUUGGCUGCUUACAGCCGUCUGUCUCUGCACAUGAAAACGGCCUUUCAUUACAAAGAGCUGGAUCACAAGACCCGGAUAAUCAGCUUGGACCUGGACUCCUUCCUCUCACCCGCUCCGCCAACACAAUCUCCCACUGUGUGCCUGUGGGUCUGCGCGGGAUCUUCUGCUCUGCCUACAUCUCACCAGGGCGUAUCGGACACCGCCCACUGAGGCAACGUCGUCGGAACCAGUGAGGUCCCGCCCAGGAUGAUGACGUCACCGAGAGGCUAUAAAGAGUCAGAUCCCAGCUGAUGGACAGAUCCCGUCUGAUCGAGGAACAGGGAAAGGGACACGCGGAGAACGAGUAGAAGAUGGAUUGUACAGUGACAGCGUGUUUCCAUAACACGAGCGGUAUCUUAAAGUUUAUAGUCACCGAUGAAAACGGAGUGUAUGUGCGUUGGAGCGACUGCCAAAGCACUGGAUGAUCAGCAUCGUUUGUGGCUGAUGGCUCGAGCAGCUCUCUGUUCAGUACCUUACCUGUGCCUCUGGACCUCCAGAAUGCCAGGUGACACUCUCUGCAUGAGACCAUCUGGUUCUGCACACCCCAUGGCUCACCUGCUGUGGAAGGAGCCUGUGGGGAACCUGUGCAGAAUGCUGGUCCGCGUCUUUCACAGCGCACUUGCACACCUGCGGACCAGACUGCUUGGCAUCCUGUGGCGUUUCCCCCCAGCCAUGGGGACACCCCUCUGCUCAGUGCCACAAUUCCCUGUAAUGGGGGCUGGGGCCACGGACUCGCUGGAAAGGGUGUCUUUUUUGAGCCUGGAUGUGUGGCCAGAGUUAUCGUGGGGGUUGCUCGAAGAGAAGGAGGAAUCCCCAGACAAAGAGCUUACAUGGGAUGCAGCUGCUGAGGAAGCUGCUAAGGACUUUGGUGAGGACAUCAGAGAACAUCCCAGCUCCUACCUUGAGAAAGGGUCAGUUUGUCUGGACAAUGAGACCAGUUUGGCCCCUGAAGUGGAGCUGGAGGGGAACACAGAUGCUGAAUGGUCUGAUGAUGAUGACAACAGUGAUGAGCCCAGAGAUGAAGACUCAGAGUUGAAUGCUGAACUCUGGAACUCAUUCCUUCGUAGUGAUGAUCCCUACAACCCUUUCAACUUCUCCUGUCCUGCUGGUAGGAGGGAGGAGGAUGCUGGGAAUGAGACAGACAAGCAGACGGGGAUGCUGCAAGGACACCCUCCAGUCAAGGAUGUGAGGACCCGUCAGAACCAAAAGCAAGGAGUUAAAAAGGUGCGCUUCAGUGACGCUGUAAAAGUGCACCCUAUGGUGGUGUGGAAGUUCGCAAGCCGGGUUGCACGAGAUGGAUCCUGGUGGCUGGAGAUGGCCAGAGAUCGGGAACGCUUUCGGAGGAGGGUGCGGGCUGCCAGCGACGUCAUCAGCCCCUGCCUGCUGCCCCAGCACAGAGCCAGAGUGUGGCGUCGGAUACACAAUUAGCCUCGGCCUCCUCGUGCUGAGCAGGACCCGGGUGCAAGGACCAUUGCUUCUUUGAGAUUUACACAUGGACUCCUCUGUAGCACUACAGAUAUUCAUUUCUGCUGGUUUCUUAGACUGGAAACUAUACAGCCCUGUUAUGGAAACCUCCCACAUUUGUCUUUUUUUUUUUUUACCGACUUGUGGUCUGUUUGUCGUCUAUUUAUUGAAGUAGUCUAUUUGACAAUGUUUUGACAUUUGUUAAUGUUGCUGGUGGCUCAUAAUAUUUAAACUUAUUUUGAAUUAAAAAUAACUUCAGUACUUGAGUAAAAUGUAUAUCAGGUUGAAAAACUACCCAGGUCAGGUUUUUUUUUUUUUUUUUAAAAAACUUUUUUGUGAAAGUGGCAGUAAUUUUAUUUGAACAUGGUGCUGUGCUUGAGCUCUCCUCCCACCUCUACACAUAUGGGACCACCCAUGGAGGAGGAAGCGAUAUCUUAGGCAGAAGGGGUGUGGCCUACAAACAAUAAGAGGAGCGAUUAGCGGGUUCAAGGCACCUUAAACCUUACACUUAGGGACUGUAUGUUCUGGGUAUCUCCUCAUAAAAUUCAUUUACGCUAACAAAGAGCACCGCAUAAUGUUGCAAAUUGCUGUUUCUUUCCUUAACUUUUUUUUUUAAUAUAUAUACUGAGGCACGGACCCGCAGACGUGAUUUCGCGCUGGACUCUAAGACUGAGCUUUCGAUGUGAUACCAGAUUAAUCACCCUUUUUUUUUUUUUUGUAU